GGUCAUGGUUAUUUCAGAAUAGCGUGGCUGGAAAUAACUUUUCUUUCUGUCUGUUUAGUUACUUUGACGAGUGACUGACCAGUUUCUUUGAAGGAGACAUUUGUUUAAAUAGAUAGUUUGGCACGAACAUUGAAGCCACUGUCGCCAGUAGAUUAGUGUGCGAGUCUGGCCUCACAGUGAAGAUAACAAGAUGUCUUCACUGUGUUUUUUUUUUUUGGGGCAUACAACAGCCCUUAAUCUAAAAUAUUGCUGCAUUUCCAAGUGGUUACAGAGAUUAACUGUGACAACUUUUUUUUCUGUUAUUCUACCGGACGACAAGAACCCACAGAGUCAAAAAAGAGUUGAUGUAAAAUGUGACUACUGACUGUGGAGUUAGGGCUGCUGUCUCAUGACCUGCUCAAGUGUUCACACAAGUCUGAUGUGUUGCUUCGUUAAUGCCUGAUCUAAUACCUAACUGUUGUCCUUCCCCCUGCAUUAUGUUAUAUUGUCGUCUUCAACAGAGGCCUGGUUUAUCAACUUGUACUGUCAACUGUCACAUUGGCUUAUAAGUCAAAUGCAGAAAUAGAGAAGUACUCUAGUUACAUUUAUGGCCUCUCCUCAUCUCAUCUCGCCUCAAACUAUGGCUGAAUUCAGCCUCCUUUAUCUAUGCUCGCAGACCGUUUGGCCUUUAGCCAGCUUUGACUUGAAUGUCCUAUUAUCUUCACAAAUUUACUGGGCGUUCAGAGCUGUGUUAAUGGUGCGGUGUGCGUGGAUGCAACUUUCCUUUUAGUCACAAACCUGUUUGUAAAAUAAAUGAUAUGAAAUAAACUACAGAUCUGGGCCAUACACUGUUAUGUGGAGAUAUGAAUCUGGCAGCCAAAACUUGAAGCCAGUUAAAUGUAGCAGAAAAAAUUUACGUUGUCUGCUACUGCUUCUUCUUCUUUGUUUACGGCAUCCUAACAUUUUUACGUAUGAUUUGAUUCAACACAUACUGUAUGUGAUAGUAGUUAUUUUGAAUUAGUUUUGUAUUCAUUUAUGGCCAGCAAUGCUGUCCAGUGUUGCUGUUGGUCACAAAGGUUUUCUCCAGCGCAGCAACAUUUAUAUACUGAGCUGCUGAGGCAGCAAGCUUUAGGCUUUGUAGGUUCGUCAGAUGCCUGUCGGAGAGACAGAAAGCAGGGCUAAAAACUGGGCUUUAGCACUCUAAAUGUUAAAUAACAUAUGGGUAAAAGGAGAUAAACAAUCUGACUAAAACAUCUGUAGUGUGUGUUUGGAAAAUGGCAUUUAACUACACAUUAAGGCUCACCAUAGGCCUGAAAACCAAAGGAAAAAUGCAUCUAUAUCUAUUUAAAGGUUGUAAAUGUAAAAAAAUGAUAACCUGCUUUUUUGACCAAUAAUCAAGAAAAGCAAUCAAGUUGCUGUAAUUAGUUUGUACUUGUUAAAUGGCAUGUAAAACAAAAAGAAACUUGGAUUUUGGUUGAGAAGACACUAACAGUUCCUUUUUUCGAAUAUAUCCUUUCAUAGAGUUAUUACCAUUUGUUGUUAAAUUUGUUAGUUCAAGGACACAUCUGAGGAGGCCUUGCGCUCACAGGCUUCAUUCAUUCAGAACCAGAUUUAAAAAUGGCCACCUUUGUCCAGCCAGGCUCUUGUGGCGGAAGAGAUAAGAGACUGUGCGAAGGCCUUUGAACCACAGAGCUUCAAUGACAAGUUCAACUGACCUUUUAUUUUCCUUUUUGCAUUGAAAGCGACCAGUUCUCUUUCUUUCCCCUAGCAACCAAUCAGUCCACUCUCCAUUUAUAGGGAUUUCUUUGAGCUUGUACGUGUGAUGUUCCGCCUUAAAACUCUGGUCUGAUGUUACAGGUUUUUGUUUUCCUGUAUCCUAACCUGUUGCUGCACCCUCCCACUCCCUGUCAAUUUGCAUGGUAGCCCUUUACCAGGCCAGCUGCUGCUGCCCUUUUCUUUCUUCAUGUUGAAUUCUAAUCAUUACUUUCAAAGGAAAGCGUCUCCAAAGCUCCUUUAUCAAGUGUUGUACUGGGAGGAGGCAAGCCGCUGUCUAACACCCACUCAGGCUGUUCUUCUUCUUCUAAACACUUCUGUUCUGCAAACUGGGAACAUUUCCUCUCAGUAACCUGCUUUCUCAAGUUUGAAGAAAAAUCAUUUUUGGAAGAAGAAGCUCUGCAGUGAUGCCAUGAGGCUGAUUCUGGUUAAACCCACAAAUGCAACGCGACGUCUUGACUCAACGGGUGAAGUCUUCCAUGAUGGGGACCGUGAGCAUUGUACCUCAGGAGGUCCAUCACCUCUGAGAAAGUCUCCUGAGGGGAUGCAUGAUCGAUACGCAGGUACCUCUGUGGAAGCAUCGUCACCCCCACAGGAGACGAGUCUAUGCUGUGUUUCAUCUUCACCCCACGAAGGGUCUAAUGGAAUCAGUCCACCAAGAGUUUCAACCCAGAUAUCGCCACUGAAAACCCGAAACUUAACCUUAUCACAGCUGAGUGAUCAGGACUGGCUGCUCUUUUGUGGCCAGGUUAGUAGCGUAGAAGAUGAUUCACCCUCAGCAGAGACAGCAGGGACCAAUGUAAGACAUCCAAACCACAAUGACAGAUGUGGUUGUUCCUGUCCUGAUGCACACCAAAAUUCAGAGACUUCUAGUUUUCAGCUGCAAUCAAAACAGGGCACAGUCCAAGACUGCCUUUCUAGAGUUUCAAACAAGAGAAGCCUUUCAUCUUUACCACACACCCAGCCUUUCUCUCAAAGCACCCAAGCUCUGACCACUUGCCAGGUUUUACCACAGCAAACAAACCAAAGGGAUCUUUUGAAACCUGCAACAAACCAUCCACAGGAUAAUUUCAUGCUCCAGUGCAGUGACCAAGAAGAUCGAAAGGAACUAUUGCAGCAACAGCCUUGCAAUCAUUUUAAACUUCGAGACAGCAGCCAAGCGACUUUAUUCAACAUCCCACUGAACUCCAUCGAGUGUGCCAAGACAAAUCAGAAACUACACCAACAUCAGCCGGCUGUCACAGCAGACCUCAACUGGAGGGAACUUUUUGGUAAAGAGCCACUGUUGGUACAACAAUUUCAAAAGCAAGACACUCAAUGCUCGAUGAGCAGCGAUCAAACCUGCAAGUCACCUGGAGAUCCCUCAAAUGUACUCAAGUGCCAUCACCCUUACAACCCUUUAACCAGCACUCCACGGGUGAAAAGGUCAUCUACUCCAGCAAGUAAUAAAAGUGUUCAGUCCUUCUCCAUCAGUCAGUAUAGUUCACUUGAGAACCAGGAUUUAGUGGAGGAGAGAACGAGACAGCGACAAAGUCAGACAACCUCUCAGCACCUCAGUGGAUCAAAACUCUCCCUUCCCAAACACACUACUAAACUUUCUGACACCUUAGAAAACGGUGACACGGUUAAUGGGGAUGCAGUGCGACCACUGAGCAGCCAUGGUACUUCUAGAUCCAGUCUUUCAGAUCUACACUCAGGCCAACAGCCUCUUCAGCUUCUUCACAGCGCCAUCCUGGAAGAUGCAUUCUCCAAAGUCAUCAGAGAAGAUUCCAGUAAGGCCAACAGCGAAAACCUGACCAGAGGGGAACCACAGAAGAAGACUAAGGAUAUCAGCUACCGGUUGGGUCAGAGAAAAGCUCUCUUUGGGAAGCGCAAACAGUUGAGUGACUACGCGUUGGUCUGCGGGAUGUUUGGCAUUAUUGUCAUGGUGAUUGAGACAGAGCUGUCGAGGGGAUCUUACAGCAAGGAAUCCAUAUAUUCAUAUGUAUUGAAAGGCAUGAUCAGCCUUUCUACUGCUAUUCUUCUUGGACUCAUUGUGAUGUACCAUGCAAGGGAAAUCCAGCUCUUCAUGGUGGACAACGGAGCAGAUGAUUGGAGAAUAGCUAUGACCUUUGAGAGAAUUCUCUUUGUUGUGCUAGAGCUCCUUGUCUGUGCCAUCCAUCCAAUCCCUGGCCAAUAUGUGUUCACCUGGACUGCUCGACUGGCCUUCAGCUACACAGCAUCGGUAGCGGACGCUGAUGUGGACAUCAUCCUCUCUGUGCCGAUGUUCCUGCGCCUUUACCUGAUUGGCCGGGUCAUGCUGCUCCAUAGCAAGUUGUUCACAGACGCUUCCUCCCGCAGCAUUGGGGCACUCAACAAAAUCAGCUUUGACACUCGUUUUGUCAUGAAGACUCUGAUGACCAUCUGCCCCGGCACAGUCCUGCUGGUCUUCAGUGUGUCCUGUUGGAUUAUCGCGGCUUGGACCGUGCGUGUGUGUGAAAGGUAUCAUGAUGCACAGGAGGUGACCAGUACCUUCCUUGGAGCAAUGUGGCUGAUAUCCAUCACCUUUUUGUCCAUCGGCUACGGUGACAUGGUCCCUCACACCUACUGUGGCAAGGGGGUUUGCCUGCUGACAGGAAUCAUGGGAGCAGGCUGUACGGCCUUAGUUGUCGCUGUUGUUGCAAGGAAGUCAGAACUAACCAGAGCUGAGAAGCACGUCCAUAACUUCAUGAUGGAUACUCAGCUCUACAAAAAGAUAAAAAACACAGCAGCCAAUGUGUUGAGGGAGACGUGGCUCAUCUACAAAAACACCAAGCUAGUCAAAAAGAUUGAUCGUGCCAGAGUACGCCACCAUCAGCGGAAAUUCCUGCAAGCCAUCCACCAAUUGCGAGCUGUCAAAAUGGAGCAAAGGAAACUGACUGAUCAGGCCAAUACAGUUGCUGACCUUGCCAAGACUCAGAACAUGAUGUAUGAUCUGGUGUCGGAGCUGCAACAUCGAAGCGAGGAGCUGGACAGGAGGAUUGUGGCUCUGGAAGAGAAACUGGACUCCAUCCUGCUCAGUGUGCAAUCACUGCCCGUUGUGCUUUCUCAAGCAAUAACAAAGUUACAAAAGGAUUUCCUGGACGACUUGGCUUGUCGGGUCCACUUCCUGUCAUCCUCUCUGAGCUCUGAGUGCUGUUCAGUCCCUGCCAGGCAGCUCUGUCCAGGGUCCACCACACCAGAGACACCAUACAGCUCCUAGGCCUUACUCAGUGCUUUACGUUUUAGGAUGCAACCUUUUCUUCAUGCUGGGAAGGAUUUUCUCAACAUGCACACUCUUUUAUUAUAGUAGCGCUCUACUCCGCAAUCAUACAGUUACACACAUUCACCCCUGGGAUUUACAGCUACUGUCUCGAACUGAGCAGCUCCAUUGAGAAGGGAAGUUUCUCAGUUAGGGGAUUCUAGAGGAAGUGGAGAUCAUUAUUCCUUCAUUUCCUCAAUGUUUCAGUCAGCACAGGGGCCGUUUCUUCACUUAAUAACAGAAAAGCAACAGUCCAUAUAGCUCACAGACCUCAUCUGGAUAAACGUUUUAGUGUUUUUGAUCAGCAGUCAACUAUGUUUAACUCUAACAUUGUGAGCUAGGAAAGGUUUAUCAAGCCUGUUUGUCACUUUGGUUCCUACAUGAACUAGCUGUGAAAGUGAUGAGAAAGGCAACUUCCCCUUUAUGGCUGAGACUGUGUAGGGUGAAUAUGUGAAACUAUAAACAUGAAAAGCAAAGCAGUACUAUGGAAGAGCUAGAAAGCUUUAAAUGUUCUGUCAACUGGAAGACAUCUUGUUUGAAUGCUGCAAAAUAACUCAAAGAAAAAAGAUUGUUAAGUUUUGAAAGAAUGAGAUCAGUUUUUCCGUUCCCGUACAUCCAAGAGUUGUUGUCUUUCCUGCUCCAUUAGAACAGCAUUUUCUGCAUUUUACACUAAAUGUAGUUCUCCUUUAGAGAAAGGGUGAUUAGGCAUAAAGAAGAGAUUAUAAUGUUUACGAUUACUUUGGAAGCAGUAAGGGUCUGGUGCCAGCUAAGUUUUCAUAGCUUUAGUGAGAAGUAGUCUCAGAUGGUCAGACAAUACUGUUGUGAAUGACUGUGCCAAAUGCCACAUUAAAGCUUAGAAGGGAUCAAAACAUCGCAGUCAAAAUGUUACAAGUUUGCCUGAAGUGCAGCUCAUUUGGAGUCUUUUUCAUUUUUUAACUCACAUUCAUGUUCUUUUUGUUGUUUUGUGCUCAUUUAAGACGUAAUUUCUGUAUGAUGAUUUACUGCUUCUUGUAACCUUUCCUGUGUAGGCCUGUUGUCAGUAUUUUUGAAGUUGUAAACGUAAAAUAUUAGGAA